AUGUCUACACUGGAGGCUAUGCCCCCGCGGGAGCAUGAAAAGCUCUCCAUAGCGGAGGAAGUUCAGACACUCGAACGGGUACCGGUUGACGAUGAGGAGUUCAGCGAAGACGAAAUACGCAAGGUGAGGCACAAGGUCGAUCGACGCCUCAUAUCCGUAUGCGCUCUCCUGGUCAUGAUCAGUCUCUUGGACAGGUCAAACCUAAGUAACGCCAACAUCGCUGGAAUGGCCAAAGAUUUGGAGCUUACCAUCGGAACUCGCUACUCUAUCAUAGUGCUGUCGUUCUUCGCACCAUAUAUCGUCGCCGAGGUCCCCUGUGCAUACUUGGUACGCAAAGCUGGACUCAGAUGGUCUCUGCCGACCAUCACAUUGGCUUGGGGGCUAGUUAUGCUGGGGUUCGGCUUUGUGCACAAUUGGACCGUACUCAUUGGUCUUCGAAUCAUUCUAGGCAUUCUCGAGGCAGGUCUGUUCCCUGCGCUCGCAUACUUGUUGUCACUAUGGUACACGCGCUACGAAGUCCAUCAGCGAUAUGCAGUUUAUUAUAUGAUUGGUCUGGGUGGCUCGUCUCUGGGCGGCGUGCUCGCCUAUGCAUUCAUGCAAAUGAAGGGAGUCGGUGGCCUCGCCGCGUGGAGAUGGAUUUUCAUCAUGGAGGCCCUUCUGACUAUUGUUGUGGCGGCCAUUGCUUUUACAUUCCUCGUCGACUAUCCCCAGAACGCGCACGAGGCGUGGAACUUCCUCACACAGAGGGAAGCGACGAUGAUGCUUCGGCGGGUUGAAAGGGACCGCGGAGACACUGAAGAAGACCAGGAAUUUGAUCUCGCCAGAUUCUUGCGACCGGCCUUGGAUCUGAGAGUCUGGGGUUAUGGGAUGAUCUGGUGUUUUUCGACCAUGCCCGCCUACGCGGUAGCCUACUUUCUGCCCCAGAUCUUGAACCACGAGCUUGGCUUCAGUAUCGGUGUUUCCCAACUUCUGAGUACUCCUCCCUACAUUUUUGCUGGCGUGCAGAUGUGUUUCGAGGGCUGGCUCUGCGACAAGAUCCACCGCCGAUUCCCGGUUCUGCUCUGGAACCCCGUUCAGACCAUUGUCGGACUGUGCCUCCUUUCCUGGACCAGGACCCCUGGUGUGCAGUAUUUCGGUACUUUCCUCGUCACUGCAGGCUGUAAUUCUAACAUUCCGGCGGUCAUGGCGUGGCAAGCCAACAAUAUCCGUGGCCAUUGGACGCGGAUGUUUUGCAGUGCUGUCCUGAUAUCUACCGGAGGCCUCGGCGGCAUCAUCGGCGCCCUGGUCUUUAGAUCACAAGAUGCCCCGAAAUACUUACCCGGAAUGAUCGCCUGUAUGGUGUAA